AUGGACGGACAUCUCCGCAGCCUCAACGCAUCCGAGCAGCGCGAAUUCGCCUCCCGCAUGGAGCGCAAGCAGAUGAAGGAGUUUAUGACUAUGUACUCCAAGAUGGUGCAGCGCUGCUUCGAUGACUGUGUUACCGAUUUCACCACCAAGUCACUUAUCAACCGCGAAGAGCAAUGCGUGAUGCGCUGUGUUGACAAGCAACUCAAGGGCUCUGCCCGAUUGAACGAACGGUUCCAGGAACAGAAUGCCGCAAUGGCGCAAAGUGGUCAGAUCCCC